UGUCCAACUGCCAUCAACGACCACCGCCCUUUCUGUUUCUUCAACAGACAGCACAGCACAAACACAGCACCUGAACCACCUUGCCCCCGCCAAUACUUCCACUCCAGCACCUUCUCAGCCCAUAACAAUGGACGUGAUCAAGUCCCAGCAAAUAUCAUCGAGGCCCAUCGAGAAGGUCAUCGUUCACCCACUGGUUCUGCUCAGCAUCGUCGAUAACUACAACCGAGUGGCCAAGGACACUCGCAGGCGAGUCGUCGGAGUCUUGCUUGGUAGCUCCUUCAGAGGCACCGUUGACGUCACCAACAGUUAUGCAGUGCCCUUUGAAGAAGAUGAGAAGGACCUGAGCAUAUGGUUUCUGGACCACAACUACCAUGAGUCAAUGUUUUCAAUGUUCAAGAGAAUUAAUGCCAAGGAGCAUGUGGUAGGUUGGUAUAGUACAGGCCCAAAGCUACGAGAGAAUGAUCUAGAUAUUCACAGAUUACUCCACAACUAUGUGACAAAUCCUGUUUUGGUCAUUAUUGAUGUCCAGCCUAAAGAGAUGGGGAUACCCACUAAGGCUUACUAUGAUGUUGAAGAAGUGAAAGAGAAUGCUACACAAAAAAGCCAGAAGGUUUUCGUUCAUGUGCCUUCAGAAAUUGCUGCUCAUGAAGUUGAGGAAAUUGGAGUAGAACACUUGUUAAGGGACGUGAAGGAUACAACCAUUAGUACACUUGCUACUGAGGUUGCUGGAAAACUUACUGCUUUAAAGGGUUUGGGUGCACGACUUCAAGAGAUACGUGAUUACCUUGACCUCAUUGUUGAUGGGAAGAUUCCUUUAAAUCAUGAGAUACUCUAUCAUUUACAGGAUGUGUUCAACCUGCUUCCAAAUCUCAAUGUGUCUGAGUUAAUCAAGGCAUUUGCAGUUAAAACAAAUGAUAUGAUGUUGGUAAUUUAUCUUUCCUCUCUCAUCCGAAGUGUCAUUGCCCUCCACAACUUGAUCAAUAAUAAGAUGUUAAAUAAAGAACAUGAGAAAGCUGAGGAUGCAAAGCCAACAACAGUCCCACCUGUCAGUGGAAGCUGAUUGUGAGGUUUACUGCCUUUUUGCAGAGGUCUAGCUUUGGGAUAGUGUGAACGAAUCUUUGCCACUUGUCAGUCCUCUCUAGCUUGAGAAUUUUGUGGUUCUCCAUUGUGCAAUCAGUAGCAGGGUUCCAAAAUUGAUAUUUAGCACACUUGUUGAUUUGUUAGAUAAACUCUAUUGCGCAUCAUUUUGUGCCCUUUUCAUUUUUGAAUUUGGUAUGAACUUUGAAGCAUUUUUACUGGGCGUGGGUAAGGUAAAAA